AAUUUCCAAAAUUUAGCGUGUUUUCGGUCGUAUUCAGUGUCAAAAGUGUAGCUAAAGUGUGAUUUAAUACAUCUACCGUACGGUGCGUGUGAGUUUCGCACUUUUGAACCAGUUUCGAGGCUGAAAAUUGCGAAAUUCGGAUUAUCAUCACGGGAUUUUCUUCGGGGACGGGUUUCUUUUCGCGAGAGUGACGUUUCUAUCACUUUGACGACGACGGGUGUUUAUUUUAAGUGCGCAUGUGUUUGUGUGCUUCUUUGUUGGAGUAGAAGAACGCACACAGCGGAAGCCAGCAGUGGAAAGUGUUUUCGAUUGUGUGGCGCAGUAUACUAGAGGAGAAAAGAGCUCGAAUGUCACUGGUGAAGUGAAGAAAGAAAGUGCAAUCAGCAGUGCGAGGUGCGGCUACUCGAAUGCUUGUUUUUUGGCUGCCAGCAGCAACAGCAGCAGUAGCAGCAGCGGCAGUCAGAUCCUACGUGAGAAUAUCCAUCUCACGGAUAGUGAGUGAGUGAGUGAUCGGGUGAAGUAAAAAGUAAAGGCCGAUUGUUUGGUAGUGUGAUGGUGCUAGUCUGUUGUUGAUAUGUGAUGCGAUUUAAAGAUGGCUACAGCGAAUAACCGAAGGCGAGGUGGCGAAGGCGGCUUAUCAAAGCUGUCCUGUUCCCGGUCAUGCUGCGGGGAUUUAUUUGGAUAUUUACUGCGACUUCGGGUCAGCCCAGAGGAGCUCGAGCAGCGCUACAAAUCGCGGGAAAUUGAUAAAUUUCUCGAAAAGGAUAAACAUGCAUUUAGACGACAGGUUAAAUUGCUACUACUGGGCGCAGGCGAGUCCGGCAAGUCCACCUUUCUCAAACAGAUGCGGAUUAUUCACGGGAUCAACUUCGAGCCCGAACUAGUUCGAGAGUAUCAACAUGUGAUCUACCAAAAUUUAGUCAAAGGCAUGCAAGUGCUGUGCGACGCUAGAGAUAAGCUAGAUAUACCAUGGGAGGAUCCAAAUUCCCAGCUGGCCGCGAACCAGGCAAUUCUGUUCCGCAGCGACUCGUCGCUGGGCGUGGAACAAUUUCACCAGUACGUACCGGUCAUUCGGAGGCUGUGGCAGGACGGUGCGAUACAGCAGGCGUACGACCGGCGGAGAGAAUUUCAAAUUAGUGAUUCAGUUAAAUAUUUCUUAGAAGAAUUAGACCGGAUAUCAAGGUUCGACUACGUUCCCACACGUACCGAUAUACUGCGAUGUCGCAAAGCAACCAAGGGUGUAUUUGAAUUUACAAUUAGAAUACAGAACAUUCCAUUCGUGUUUGUCGAUGUUGGUGGCCAGCGGACGCAGCGGCAAAAGUGGACCAAAUGUUUUGACUGUUCGGUGACUUCGAUACUAUUCCUGGUGUCAACAUCCGAAUUCGAUCAGGUUCUUGCCGAAGAUAGGAGAACAAAUCGUCUGGAGGAAUCGCGAAACAUCUUCGACACGAUUGUAAACAAUACCACCUUCCAGGGCAUUUCGAUCAUCCUGUUUCUGAACAAGACCGAUCUGCUGAAGGAGAAGGUAAAGGAUCCCAACACCGACAUUCGCUGGUACUAUCCGCUGUUCAAGGGCAACCCGCACUCGAUUCUGGAGGUGCAGAACUUCAUCCUGCAGAUGUUCAUGAACGUGCGAAAAAACACCAAAACACCGAUCUAUCAUCACUUCACCAACGCGGUGGACACGCAGAACAUCCAGGUCGUGUUCAGUUCGGUCAAGGAUACGAUCCUUCAGCGGAACCUGUCCGCGCUGAUGCUGCAGUGAGUGGCUUCUUGGGUCAGAGCCACACCGUCUAUUACUAAUUCUAGAGCAGUUUGUUCCGUGUACGUGCGACAGGGCUUUCCACCCGGAGAAGCCUGCUGUUCUUUGUUGGUUAUUGUUUACAUCUCUGCUGCAACAGUCCACUCGGCUACGGCCAAAAAAGAGCUUCACUGUCAUUUCCACAAUCUUUCCACUUUUUUGAAUCAAAUAGUGUUCUGCGUUACUUUUGAAAAGUAGACCAAUGCAAAUGUGAAUAAAAUGGCUCCUCAUCUUGGUAAUUUGCUUCGGAUUUUUGAAUCUCCUCACUUUCUCGCUAACGUUACUUCAAUUCCUGCUCUCGAUUCUAGCAAAGCUGAAUCUCUCCUAGGACUAUUCACUGCCAUAGACAAACUACCUGCCACUGUGACAUACUUUAUUGAGGUUCGGAUUGUAGGAGAGACUCCUCAGCAGAUGUUUAUUAUAUUAUAGCUUCCAAAUCGCUGAACUUUUUUUCGUGAAAUUAGUUGCAUUCGAUACGUAUUGACGUGGUAAAAUAAGCUAAUGCCCAAAAAUAUUAAAUUCUUUACCAACAGAGCUUCUCAGUAAACUUUUCAUUGUGAAUUUUUUAGUCAAAGCUGCCAAUAAGUUUAGUCAUACGUAAUGAAUUUGUUUUUGGGCCGCUUUCUACGAUAAGCUUGGUUUCUUUUGUAGUGGCCAUCAUCGAUUCCCAUCGAAGUUCGUCAAACUAGUAAAUCAGUAGCAUGAAUAACUGCCAAUACAAACGGCAGUAUCCUGGCGUUCACCACACUCAACGGCAGUUCAACUUGUUCGUUGUCACUUCGCUGAUACGUAGUGUACGCAUUUUUCAUCAAUUGAGCCGUUCCGAAGCAGGUUGGAGACCUACUUUUUUGAAAUUUUUAUUUUUUCCAGGGUGGUACAUCUAUGCAAAAAGAUACGAUUUAUGCAAAAAUCUCAUUUUCGAUAAAAAUGGUCAAUAGACCACCACAAUUCGGAACAGCUCAAUUCUGAGUGCGCCUAUGUGCCAUCGAAUACUGCCUUUCAACGUCAUGCACUGUUGUGUACUUCAGUCAUCAAGUCAUAUAUGUUAAACCUCGUUCGAAAAUCCACUUGUGCCGAGGCCCACUAUCUGUCCCUAAAGGACGUCCUUGAACAGUAAGCACCUUGUGUCAAACCUCUGAGUGAUUCGAACAGACUGAGGGUUUCCCAAAACACGCUCGUAGCAAAUCAUAUACGAUUCGUGGUACCCUUGAUCAGUCGCAUAAUAUUUGCCGUGAAGAUCUGCUCGAUCGACUACAUCGUACGUUGCCUUGUAGUCAAUGAAAUUGGGAAGCAUAACGUGGACCCAUUUUGCUCUCGACAGCUUUGCAAAACUCAUGGAAUUUGCACGAUUUAAUUCGGGCUAGCUCGAAGCCCACCUGGUAAUGGAUCACGAGUUCCCUGAUUAAUUGUGACGGAUAUAAAGCAGGAUAUGGGAAAUUAUUUUAUAGGCGGCAUUGAUUGGCGUAAUGCCAUGAUAAAUGCUUUAUAAAUGAGGCAGACAACUCCCUUCAUUUAUUUUUCUAGUGGUUUUUCCCCCUCCCAGAUCUUGGAAAUAACCAAGUACAGUGCUGUAGCAAGCCCUUGCCUCGCCAGCUUUGUUGUUUCUCAGUCCUUGUGCAGGUCAUGCUAGUUCAAGUUCCCCUCCACAUCUCUGCAGAUAGUCUGUGAUUGACCAGUUGCCCUCAUUCUAAUGCUCAACGCUAACGUUUCUUCAACAGAACAGUCGUUUUAUUGCUCUACUUUAAGGAUUUUCGUAGCGAAUUUUCUUCGUCGCUAGAUGCUAGCACGUGACACCAGCUUGAUGUUGAGUCGAGUUACGUGAUUCCUGAUGUACAGUUAUAUAUUUUGAGCGCAUGGACAUACGCUACUAAGUGAAGGUCCGAGUCCGAGUCGUUGUCCGUAGUCGAAGCAUACGCUGGAGGCCUAUCUUCCAUGGGGACAUGAUCAAUUCUAUUCCCGCGCGAAAGAUCUUCAUCGUACAUUUCCUUUCGGGGAAAUGGUAUGAGCAUCAAUACCUUGCUCGUACCAAACUUCGUUUCUAUAAACUGCCCGUGCGCACUAUGUUUCUUCUCGGAACUAUUUAUAAAUAUGGGCAGGUUUUUAGAAAGAUAUCCUGCACCUUGUCGAGAAGCCUAGAAGACGAAAUGUCUACGAAAAAUUCAUUCGUAUUCGUGUCAACGCUUCUUCGCCGUGUUUUGCCCUCAGAGGCCAUAUCGAACGGCAAAGACGGAAAUUAAUUAGCUUGUGUAAAUAAUCUACGUAUCGCGAACCGACAUAAGAGUUUCUCAAAACACGCACAGCACAUAAUUCGUGCUAGCAAUAAAAUUAGGUACUUGGGAAGAUGUCCUCUUCUCGUACGUAGUUUACACAGUUGCUCGUGAGGGACUGUAUCUUACGCUGCCUUAAGGUCGAUUAAAAUAUGAUGUGUAGACACGUUGUACUCAUGGCAUAAUGGCAAUUUCUGUAGGAUUGGGAAGAUUUGAUGCGUGGAAGCUCGGCCUCCCCUGAGCUCCGUAUAGUACUUUCACAUGAACCUACUGAUGAACGGUAAUAGAUAUUGAGACAGUGGCGACUCGUGGGGGUUUAGCUUACCUGUUCAACCAGCGAAAAAUACAAAUUAAUACGCAGCUUUUUUUAUUAUCGCAUUUCUAUAUUUUAAUCAUAAAACAAACAUUAGGGGUUUUCACCGUAGCGCUUGCCAUUCUGCGUAAAUGGUGUAUUUCGUGUAUAUACUGCCACAAUUCGCAUUGCAGUUCCAGUUUCUAUGGAGAUGGAACUGUUAGGCGAGUAGCGGUAUAAGUAUGCAAUACUCCGCAUUCGCAACAUAGCAAGCGCUACGUGAAUAUCCCUAUUUAUUUAAAUAGCAACGGAAUACGACGGUUUACUUUACCAGCAAACUCGUCUCUGAAUUUUAAUUACGAACCGAAAAUUUUUCGUUCAAUUUACCUAUUGAACCACAUUCAAGAAUUACCACCUUACUGCGAUGCGCGCACGUCACACGCACCACAAGCAAUAUGCGUAAGUUGUGCAAUGCUAAAAAUGAACGAGUUAAUGAGAAAAUUUUGCGAAUAAUGCAUGCCAAAUCGCCAACCGCGCUAUAUUUUCAAAUCCCCUUCGUACCAACACAUUGUUCCUGGUGCUAAUCUCUAAAGCAACGUUCAAAUGUCGUGUUGAACGGUUUGCUCAUCAGCUUCGUAACUAAACUAAAUUCGUAUUGCAUUGCAUACGCGUCGGUGCAGACGAAAUUUUGUCGGGCUGAAUUUUGUUUGCCUGUCCUAUGAACAGGUUGAACAUGCGGACGAGUCGCCACUGUAAUUGAGAUGAGAUUUGGGAGUGUAUUUUGUAGGCGACGGUUAGUCUUGUGUCAUGAUAGUGUCAACGGAGAACUCCGUCCAUCGCCUUUCUCGGUAGUUUAUAAACCACCUGCCGUAUCUGAGAAAUGAACGCUUAAAGGGUUCUAGCGAAUGUUUAUCUACCCUGCUUGUAGAUCCCACCCGUCUAACUAUCAUUGCCAGCAGCUUCGUUAUUCUUCGGGUUACAUAGUCUGGAGCUGCUACCCGAUUAUCUUUUACUGACCAGUUCCGUUGUUAUAUCGCCAUUUUAGGUAUUCACUGAGACAAUUCGCUUUCGCUCGUGGUUAGAUUUAUUUCGGCUUGCGACAAUCUCUGUGGUAUUGGUUAAUCUUCCCAGAGAUUUGUUGGGUAAUUUGCCAGAUCGUAAAGAAAUUUGAGAAGAAAAGCUCAGAGCCAGCUUCAGAUGAUAGCGGCUCGGACAAUGUCCUGUUAUAAAACCAGUAUAAAUGCUUAGAUCUUUCUUCGAAAGCUCCAGGAUUUUGCGAGUCAUUGAAACGUUUGGAGAGAUAAAACGUUUCGACUGCCUAGCAUUGAAAGUGUUAUUCCAAUUUGAUUCCACUUUCGUACAUGCCCAUGCUUUUAGCUCCAUUUUUAAAGCAGAAGCAGAUAAGCAACAUAAGGGCUCAGGUCCUACAAAUUGAUGAGAUGAUCCGAGUCUUGCUAGCGCAUCAGCUCUUUCAUUUCCAUCAAUUCCACAGUGACCUGGAACCCAGUACAAGGUGACUUGGUUAAGACAAGACAAUUUUUGAAGUGAUUGAAUACAUUCCCAGAUAAUUUUUGAUGUUCAUGUCGCCGACUUUAGAGCGUUUAGAGCUGCUUGGCUGUAGGACAUGAUGCAUAUAUUUGAAUGUCUAUAGUUCCUGCGCAAGCACAUAGUCGUGCAUUUCAGAAUUGCUUGUAUUUCAGCUUGGAAUACAGUUGGCCAUCUGCCCAUAGAAAUUGACAUGUCUUUUCCUGGGCCAGUUACUCCUGCUCCCACUUGAUUGGCCAUUUUUGAACCAUUUGUAUAGAAAACUGUCGAGCCUGGACGAAGAUUGGGACCACCAUCUUCGCAGGAAUCACGUCUAGGCUCAAAUACACGAAAUAUUCGAUUGAAGUUGUAUUUUUUCCCCAUCCAAUCUUCAUUACUGGUUACAAGAGGAUUAAUACUAAUAGUUUUUAGAAUACUGAGAUGACCUGUUAAGUCCCCUUCAAACAAGUUCUUCUUUGAUCUUUUGAUCCUCAGAGCACUUUUUUCAGCUUCUAAUUGUAUAAACUGAUGCAAUGGAAGUAUAUAGAGUAAAGCAUCAAAUGCCUUCGAAGGUGUACUUCUCAUUGCACCUGUUAUUGAGAGAGUGGCUAGCCUUUGAAGUUUUUCCAGCUUUAUUUGGGUAGUUUUCUCUUUCGUUUUUGGCCACCAGACCAAUGAAUCCUAGGUCUGACAAUGGCCGAAUAGAUCCAAUGGAUCAUCUUCGGUUUCAGUCCCCAUUGCUUACCAAACGUUCUUUUAUAUAUCCAUCGAGCAUUUGUGGCUUUGUUUACUGCUUCCUCUAGAUUAAUUUUUUUCCUUCUCGUAAAUGGUAUGAUAGUAGUUUUAUUGGCAUUUACGCUGAGGCCCUGCCUAUCACACCAUGAUGAAAUCAAAUUUAAAGCCAUUUGCAUUCGGUCAGCGAUAAUGGAAUCAAAUUUUCCUCGAACAAUUAUGACUAUAUCAUCUGCGAAGCCUAGCGCCGUCAACUUUUGAAGAAGAUCAUCAACUAUUAAAGACCACAAUAGAGGUGAUAUUACGCCUCCUUGUGGGCAACCUUUUACUGCUCUAAUGCUUAUGGGUGAGCUUCCAAGGCUUGCUGAUAUCUCCCUUUUUGAUAACAUUUCGCUAAUCCAAUCGAUAAUGGAUAUAUCGAAACCACGUAAUAGUAAUAGCCGUAAUCAUUGAAUUAUGAGAUGAAUUAUCAAUUGCGCCUUCUAUGUCAAGGAAGUCACCUAGUGAAAUUUCUUUCGCUUCAAAAGACUUUUCUAGUUUUUUUACAACAGUUUGUACUGCUGUUAUUGAAGAUUUGCCAUCUUGAUAUGCGAAUUGAUAUUCGCUCAAAGGAUCUUUGGCUAAAUAUGAUGACUUUAUAUGCUCAUCAAUUUUUUUUUCCAUUGUUUUUAACACAACAGACGAUAAGCUUAUCGGCCUGAAGGAUUUUGGUGAAGUCUUAUACUUUUUUAUUAGCCUUCGGAAUGAACGUGACCCGUACUUGUCGCCAUACUGCUAGUAUAUGACCUAGUAUUAGGCUUGUUUGAAAAAGGUUUGUUAGAAUAGGUUUUAAAAACGCCUUGUCCUUCUGUAGUAGUACAGGAAAAAUUCCAUCCCUACCCGGUGAUUUGAAGGGUUCAAAAGUGUCAAUCGCCCAUUCAACCUUGCUUCUUGUAAAAAUUUUUUUGGCCAAAGUACAAGCAUCAUUCCUGUUUCUAUCUAACCCAGUCAUUUCACUCGCUAUUUCGCGAAUGUCUGUUCUGGUUUCAAGAUUUACAGUACUCAAUGCCGGUGCACUUUGGUCUCCGCAUGUAUUAAUGAUUGAACUGGGAAAAUGUGUUCUCAUCUUUAAGUCUAAUGUUUCCUUAGUUGAGUUAGUAAAAGAGCCAUCCUCUUUUUUCAAAGUACCUAACCCAUUAGAAUGAUCUUUAGCGAGGAUUUUCUGCAACCUAGCAGUUGCUGGAGUAUUUUCAAUGUUUUCACAUGUGUGCCUCCAGUGAAUCCUCUUUGAUCUUCGUAUUUCCCUAUUAUAGGCAGUGAGAGUUUGUUUAUACUCCUCCCACUGUUGUGUUCUUUUUGCCCGGUUAAAUAAUUUCCGAGUUUUUUUUUCUAAAUUUCUCCAAAGUUUUGUUCCACCAAAGUACAUCUCUAUUCGUAGAGCGUUCCUUUGCAGGACAGCUUUCGUGAUAAGCUUGUUGCAUCCGGUUUGAAAGCUGUUUUGAGUUGUCCUCAAGUUCUUUACAUGUCCUUGAGCAGCCUUUCAAGUUCUACACUCCAACCUUCAGUUUCAAAUUAUACUGAUCUCAGUUUGUUUUCCUGGGAUCUCUUAUAAUUUCCUUAAGUUGCUGAUUAGCUUCGUAAUCAAAUAUGAUUUGCUUGUGAUCGGACAAGGAUUCUUCAUUCGAUUCGUGCCAGUUUUUUAUUUUAUCAGUCAUCGUUGAACUGCAUAGUGUUAAGUCAAGUACUUCUUGCCUUAUUGCGUUUACAAAAGUUGGCUCUUCCCCUUUAUUGCAUAUAUCUAUAUCAUUUGAUGAUAUAGAGUCUAAAAGGAGUUCACCUCUGUUAUUGGUAUCUGUGCUGGUCCAAACAUCGGCCUGUGCUUCGUUUUGUUUCUUACAGUAAGAAACCAAAUUUACCACUUCUGAUGGAGGUACUUCACCCACAUCUCCUGGAAAAUAUGCCGAUGCUACGCAAAUUUCAGUCGUGCCAUGGGUCGUUGGAACCUCCAUCAUUAUUGCUGUGAGAUCUUUUGUAAUACAUUCUGUAAUUGGAAAACUUUUUAUGUUUUCACUUACUAAAAUGGCAGCUCUUGGCGUGAGCUCACCUUCGGCGUAAAUCAAUUUACACGACUUUGUAGGAAUUCCUUGUGUCCUACCUUUAUAGGUCCAGGGCUCCUGGAUCAGAGCUACAUCCAGGUUGCUUUCUGUGAAUCUUCUACAAAGUACAGCAGUUGCUCCCUUUGCAUGGUGAAGAUUCACCUGAACAAAUUUAACAUUUUUUCUUUGUAAUUUUAUAUGAUUUGUGGUACAACCGGGCUGUUUUGGGUUUAGUCCUGCACCGUUGACACCACUGGGUCCUGGGAUUUGACUGAUUGCGGCAGCCUUGAUUGAAUCCUCUUGUGGGGGGCAAAGAAGGCCCGCUUUCGAGCUUGAGCGUGUCGAUGAAUCUCCCUACUCAUGUUAUUGCAACGGUGACCACAUGAACCCCUCAACCACUUCCUGUUCGUCGCCCUCAAUAGUCACAGUCCACGGAUGGCGAAUAUGCUUGUCGGUGGAACCUUUUCCUACCAUAUACAUAGUUGGUUUUCGGUGCUUUGAUUUGUAACCCAACCCUCCUAGACUCCGUUUUUAGUCUGACGUAAACUGCUCCCGCCUUCGCAAAGUUUCUAGUGACGACGUCAAGGUCCUUUGCAACGGCUGCGAGUUGGCUACUUUUGCUGAAGAUUAUUUCUCUCGUUUCAAUACCUGCUCGCUGGAUUACACCUUCAAUAGUGAUCGAAUGCAACCAAUUUUCUUGAAUAAAAGACCAACGUAUUUGCUGAUGAGUAUUCAUUUUCUCGAAUAAAAAUCGUAAAAUAGAUCAUGACACCAUUUGCCGUUAAGAUCAAAUACGGUGAAAUAGGCGCAAAAUAAAAAGGUUUAUUUUUCUUCUAUUUUUUGUUCGUGUAAUGAAAAAAUAACUGUUAUGAAACUCACUCAAGCGUAACUAUAUUACAUACUAUUAUGCUGUUGCAACUGAAAAUAAACGAAACGACGCACGCACACCAUUUACAAUCUAUUAAAACCAAAAAUAAUUCUUACGAUUAUUAUGAUGAACGGCACAAAAGAAGCAAAAAUGAAAAAAAAAUACGGUAGGCUAAUGCAAGACAAAUAACGUAAACACUUUGAGUAUAUACUAGAUCAAAUCCAGCUAAUAAGGCACAAGCACACUGUAGAAAGCUAGCAACAUUUAGUCAAAUCAUGAAAAAUGUAAAUAUGUACGACGAAAACCCUUGGAAAAAUAUGAACGUAAAAAUCCACCGGAACGAUGAAGUGUCCAUAGGAAAUUAUAAUGCAUUUUUACGCAGUCACUUCCUUCGCUGCGUGGUAAACUGCAAGUUAAACACGGAUCAGAGGGUGAAUAUCACAAAUCAACAGUAUACUUACUACUACCAUUCCUGCCGUAUUCGUUCCAAGGAUAAUCAACUCUCAAAUCAACGUAUAAAAAUGAUAUUGAACACAGAAAAAAAAGUUUAAAAAAAAACUGCGCAUGUUCUGCUUUCCUGAAAUGAUGGAGGCUUCGCAGAGUACGAACGAACUCAGACCUAUUAACCCACAUGCAAUAUUGAACUCUAGAGUAAAGGCUAAUUUAUGUGCCUUUUGCCAUUGUUUUAGAAGUUUUUGUUUUACAACAAACUUAAUGAUAGGGAAGAAAACGAGACGGCGAACGACUGUAUGAAUCUAACGCACAUUACGAAAAAAAAGCCAAUUGACCGAAUUGAACGAAUAAGACUUGAUUUUGUUUCUCGAACUAAAAAAAUGAUGUAGCUAAAACCGAGUCCGUCGUUAGGAAUUAUACACAUACGGUAAGUCCGCAGCAAAACAACGGACUACCUUUACAUGUAGUUAGUGUAGAAUGUUUUUUUGCUAUACAUUUACACAACAAAAACAUGAUAUUUCUAUCAGCGUAGUAGGCUAUUUGUAUUAUUGAUGUUGUGGCGCCGUAUAGAUUGUAGCUUAGACCAAAAAUAAAUGCAAAGCUAAUAAAGUAGAGUAAAGUAGUCAUCUCCAAUUCGUUUUCGCUUGGAAUCCAGGACAUUCGACUUUCGAAUGACAAAACUUUGCGUAAGGAAUGGUUCAGUAUGUUAAAUAAGGGUCACCCACUACUUUGAAAACACGUGUCUCUGAAAAUAACUUCCACCUAUUUCUAUUAGAUAUUAAAAUCUUAAAUAGGUAUCUGCAUAUCCUAACACAUAGUAGAGAAAAAUUGCAAAACGUUACAACCAAGAAACCGCGUAAUUCUUUUACAUUUCAAUAGCAUUCGGUUUAUUCAUUCAACACUUAAACAACAAUUCAUUCCGAAUGAAUAAUUGUCGAACGGACAGACACGUGUUUCCCGAACUGAACCUGAACAAAUCAAAGCGUGCCAUGGGCUACUCCAAACUAAACGUUAAAAAAGACACAAAACACAGAAAUCAAGGUGUGAUCGUUUCCGAAGGAAAUGAAACUCUGUUGUGUGACAAAAGUGGUUUCUGCUGGCUUCUGACUUUGGCACAAACGAGAACAAGAAAGGAUUUCAUUUCAUUAGGUUUUACUAGCUACGCUACGAUAGAUGGUAAAGAGAAGAAGAAAAACUCAUAUUUGUACGUUUCAUCAGUUGUUGUUCAAUGUUAUUAUUCUAAACAAUUAUUUGUAUAUUUAUGAAAACGAAGAAAAAAGAUAUGUUGUACAGGACGCGGACGGUGUAUAGAAUGAAAGCAGGGCGAAAUAUUCGCAAACUGUAUUGAAGUAGAGUGGCGCAGGAUGACGCUGAGUCCAGAAAAUAUUUCUCGUCUUAUGUUACGGUUUAUUUCGUAAGUUUAAAUGUAUAUACAUGUAUAAUUAAACUCCAUUGCUAAAAUAAUAAUUCUUUUAUGGUAUA